UCCAAGCAUGUGGCUGAUCUAUAAAAAGACAAGGCCACACUGACAGAACAGAGCUUCCUGAUCCACCCAUAUUCACCAUGAAGCCUCUCCAAUCCUUACUGAGUAACAUUGUCCUCUUCCUCCUUUCUCUUCUCUAUUUAGAUGAGGAUAAGGUCUGUGCAAUGCCAGCUGCUGAAAUAAUGGUCUUCAGAUCCCGAAUCUGGGACAUCAAUCAAAAAUCUCUUUACCUACAGAAUGAUGAGCUAGUGGCGGGAUACCUACAAGGGCCCAAUUCUGCCCUGGAAGAGAAGAUUUACUGGAUUCCUAACCGUAACUUUAACCGUGAGAAGUUCCCCAUCAUCUUGAGUAUUCGGGACGGGAGCCAGAGCCUGGCCUGCUCCUUUGGGGCCCAGCCUGCACUCCAGCUUGAGAGCAUCCCCAUCUCAGACCUGUACAAAGACAGCAAGGAGGACUCUACCCGCUUUACUUUCUUCCGGUCUUACAGGAAUGGGAUGUGGCGCUUUGAGUCUGCUGCCCACCCGGGCUGGUUCCUUUGCACCUCUUCCAAAUCCAAUGAACCCAUCAGCCUCACUCAGAACCCAGGAUCAUCUCAAGUCAUUGACUUUUACUUCCAGUCAUGCUGAGCCUGAGCGCUCUCAGAGGAAGACCUCAUAUGUGUGGGCACUCAGGGAUCCUCACUCAGUAUCUCUUUCCCUUAAAAGUUUAAUUUCUGGCAGGGUCAUGGGCGAGAAAUCCCUCACAGCCACAAAGGUAUAUUUGCUGGGCAAAUCAGAAGAGCCCUGCUAUAUUUAACAUUUGGUUUUCAAGAGUGACUAGAAAGAAGCUCUGGAAGGCUCACAACCAAGCCAUGUGAUGGCAGCCUUCCUCUGUUGCUGGUCUUCAGGACCUGGUCUUUAGAGAUAGAGUGCCUUGGAACACAGAAGUUCUUUUCUUGGCCAGUAGCCACUAGUAACCUUCAAGCAGGGAUGGACUUACAGAUGUGUAAGUCCAUUGUGCUAUUCACCAUUGCUUUCACCUCCUGCAUGUGAGCUCCCAAAGGCACCUGGUGGGCCACUGCGAGUAGCAGAGUGCUGGACUAGAUGGACUCUGGUCUGAUCCAGCAAGCCAGUUCUUAUGUUCUUAUGAAGCACCCUGGGUAACCUUGAACCAGUCACACUCCAGGCUAUUAACAUAAUUCACAGGGCUUUUAGGAGCCUAAAAUGAGGGAGGGAGAGCCAUUUAUAUGAUCCCAAGCUUGGUGGGAGUCUAGGAUAACAAUGCCUAGAUACUUUUACAGUCUUAACUUUGAGAGGAGAGAUGUAGGGCAAAUAGUCCUCAGUGUCUCUGUUGGUUUGGAUCACAAGGAAUUUACUUCAGCACUAAACUUUCAGACAAAUCCUAUGCUGGCCAACAGGGUCAAGAAAAAGAGGUAUUAGUGAUUGCUCCUUGCCACUGGAAAUAGAAAGUCAACAUCAGAUCUUAAUUCCCCAUAAAGCACCCCUAAUGCUUUAUCCUGCUCAAAUAAUUCUAAUUCAAGGGCACAGCCCGGCUGAGGAAAUGGUUAUUUUUAAUGUAUUUUUGCUAAAGGGCAUGGGGGUGAGGGUCUGGGAGAAGGGUUGAGAUUUCACAGUAAUGCCAUUUCCCCCUCAGAAUUAACAAACAACAGGGAAGCAAUAUAGCUAGUGUUAUGAAUCGACCUAUCCCUGUUUAAGGAAACAAAGUUUCUUGAGAGCUUUAAUCUUUGGAAUGUAAGACCCACGAGCUGAGGGAGGGACAGAGAGGAAUGUUUGCAGUUUGAUUUUGGACAGAGAGUCUGAUAGCGCUGGACAGGUUGUUUGUAAAUUUCAGCUUGACUUACGAGAAAGGGGAGGCGUGCUUGGUGCACAGUUACUUUCUUCAAGAAUCUGAGGCAGGACCAGCUGUUGUGCUGCUUGCUGCAGGAAUCUUGUUUGCUUUCUCUGUGACAUGUCUGUAUGCUUGUAAAUAAACAGAUAUUCCAAAAGACAUUGAACAUC